GUCUAUUGAUGUAUUUUCAAUACGCAAAGCAAGCUUAUUGAUGUAUGCAUGGUGUGAGGUUGCAGAAGUCUAAUUUGCAAAGUUUUGGGAUUUUCUCAGGUUCCACGCGCCGCCGCGAAAAAUCCGAAAUUCGGCGAAGGUUUGAGAGAAGGGAGAAAGCUGAGAGAUGCAAGGAGUGUGGAGCCAACUAUGGAGGAAAUACGCUGAUUACAAGUACAAUAAGUUCGAGAGAUUUGCCGUUUGGGAAAUGAUCGAACCUUACCGUCGACCAAAAACCUUCACAACUUUGAUUACUAUCUAUGUCGCCGCCUUUUACACCGGCGUCAUUGGCGCUGCAGUUACAGAGCAGCUCUACAAGGAGAAGUUUUGGGAAGAGCACCCAGGGAAAACAGUGCCUUUGAUGAAGCCAGUAUUCUAUCGAGGACCAUGGAGAGUUUAUCGCGGUGAGGCUAUUGCUUCAGAUGCUAGCAGCCAGUGAAGGUAACGAUUAGACUAUCAGAGACUAUGGUCAAGGAUAUAUCUCUGCGAUGUGCAUCCUUUAUGUUGGCUCGCUGGUAUAUAUACCAAACAACUUUGGAUUCUAUAGAGUGCAUGUGGCCUACUUCGAGUUGUUUAAAUGUUCUAGGCAUCUCUGGAUUUAAGCUGGUCGUCGGUAUAUUAUGCUUGUAGACAAUAAGGUCUAUCGACUCUGUUAGGAUUGAUUUUUCCAGAAAUUACUUGUAAUGACAGUCUCAUUAUAGUAUUAAUGAUUUUAUAAGAGAAGUUUAAGGGUAUC